AUGGCAGUCCAUCUAAUUCACCUCAAUCUUUGGAACGAGGGCGAUUCCCCGGAUGAAGCACGCAUAGACCGUGAGAUUGAAAUGCUUGUCAAUGACCAGAGAAGCGCUGAAGAAGUUGCAAAAAUCAUUGACGACAUUGUCACUGCUGAUCGCGAAAAGGCCCUUAGCGCAUAUACCGAAUCUCUCACCAAUAUAGGAAGUGGGGAGAAGCCAGAAGAACACAAUAGUCCGGUUCCAACGCCACAGCCUAUGGGCUGGCAACACUUUGUCUGGCACUCGCUGGGAAGGGCCGCCAUGGUGAUUCCGUCUGAUCAUGCAGGACAUCCCAGACCCGUGAGCCUGCUAAAAGCACUGCAGCGCAUACCAAUCCAUUCUGUACCGUUCCUCUCGUCAGGCGCGGGACUAAUAGAAAAAGAAGUAUGGGUGCUUAGCCCGGAGAAUGGAUUUGACUACUUCGUACAGUGGAUGUGGGAACUCGAUCAAGGAACCUUCGGCCGCUGGAGCUUAGCAGACGAAAACCCCGAGACUGCAAAGGCUACGGCCGCUCAGUACCAGAACUUCUCGGCUUUCCUAGCGCAUCUGCUGAGCGCCGGUGUGGUUGAAGCUACCCAUUUAAGCGCCAUUAUAAAGCCUGCCUUUUUCGGAACUGAAGCCUUGUACAGAGAACCACCUCAGAGCGAGCCAUAUGUACCGGCGGGGGCUCAGUGGAUGCUCUAUGCAAGCCAUGCCCUCUAUGACAUGUGCGACAAGAGGGCGUUCGGUGGGCGGAUAUUAACCCACAAAUGA